AUUUAAAAUUCACUAUUUUUCUUUUAUGUUUUUUUUGUUCUGCUUAUUCUGUUAAAUGUUUUUUUUUUCUGGUUAUGUUCUGUUUUAGGCCAAAUUGUUUCUAGAUUUAGUUUUGGUACAAAAAUUGAGUAUCACAUAACAAACAGAUCAACAAUUGAUUUGGCAUAAAGAGGGUAGGCAAGAUUGAACCAAAUGGAGUUUGAAACCAAGAUCAAUCAUAGGAAGAGUCGAGCUGCUUGGCAAGUGACUGGUCAAUCGACUGCUUCCAAUACAAACACUCAUAAUCCAUAUGCGGUGGAGAAUAGCUCUGUGGUGAAAUCGUCUGGGAAUGGUAAUAAUAGCAAAGGUUCAAGUCCUGAAAAGAAUCCCUAUGCAACAAAUAACACUAAUAGGAAACAGAGCAGAAGAAUGAGUAUUCAUGCUUCAGCAGCAGCUCAUGCUCAUGGGAAAUCAUUCUCUCAAGCUGCUCCAUUUGAUUUAAGUACCCUUCCUCCUGUUCCAACGUUGGAAGCAACCGUUAGUCAAGCUGCAGAAGGGAAUCAAUCAGUUGACAAUCCUCAAGAUAUUGAAAGCAAGUUGUAUGCUGAUUUAACCAAUGGAUCAGCAUCUGAGAUUUAUGAUUAUUUCCAAGUCCUUACCAAACAACGAGAAGUGAUUGAAAGAGAUAUUAAAAAGAACAUUAAUGAAAAUCAAAAGAACAUUUUAUUAUUAACGAAUGAAUUAAAAUCAACCCAAGAUGAAUUAUUACAAUUAAGAACCUCAAAGAAAGACCUUGAAGAAGUGUUUGGAUAUUUCCAUGAAACAGCUCAAAGAAGAUUGGAAUUGGAAUUAGAACCAUCAACAAGCCAAAAUUCAACUAAUAACGGUAACGGUGGACAUUUAGCUCAAGCCAGCAACUCAAAUAAACGUAAAGAUAGAUCAUCAAUAUUAGUGCUAGAAAAAUUAUGGGCCACUGAGUUACAAUCAUUAUUCAAACAUGUGGAAGGAGCCUCUAAAUUCAUCCAAGCUUUACCAGGAAGACAUGUCUUAGCCGAAAGUGGACGAUGGCAAGAAGUCAAUGUUGGUUCAUGGAAAGCUACCAAUUUAACUCAUUUAUUCGUGUUGAAUGAUGUAUUGUUAAUAGCCACCAAAAGAACUGCUCAAGAUGGAGGUAAUGGAAAUAGUAGUAAUAAAUCUAGAUUACAAGCCGUUCAAAGUUGGCCUUUGAACAAAGUUGAAUUAUUUGCUAUUGAACCUCCUGCAUCAUUACAUAAAGCUGACGAUAGUAAAGUUUACUGUAUCAAUAUUAAAUCAAAAUCCCUAAGUUUUGUAUAUCAAACUGAUAGAUAUGAUCAUUUUAUUAAAAUUACAGAAGCAUAUUCCAAAGGUAAUAAUGAAAUGUUACAAAAAGAAAGAUUAAUGUCAGCUGGACGUAUGUCAACAUCUGAUAGUGUUGAUUUAAGAGAAGAAAAGAAACAAUUACGUGAUUCAUUGAGAAACUCAGGUGUAUACGAAGGUAUUGAUGAAUCAGGAAAGAGACUAAGUGGAUCCCAUAGAAAUAGUGCUGAAAUGGUAUUACAAGAUAUUUCAGCUCGAGUUCAUUCUCGUAAUAGAUCCCAUGAUCUUAAUAGUGUUACUGGUAGUCUUAAAUACAAUAAUGCCACUACUUUCAAUAAUGGUAAUGAUCGUGGUCAAUUCUUUAAUGAUAUACGAUCAUUGGAAAGUCGUUUAGAUGAUGUUGAUGUGGAAAUAGCGCAUAAUCAAUAUGCCCAAUCAGUUGGAUUUAUUGCUCAUAUUGAAGGUAAAUUAAGAAGUAUUGAAACUGCAUUAGUGACUAAUAGUCGAGGGAAAGAUAUCAGUGAUGAAUUGUUACUUAUAGAUGUCACCAAAAUAAAAUUACAGAAUCGUAAAGAGUCAAUUCAAAAGUCGCUUGUGUUUGAUUUACAACAUAAUAUCUCCAAAUUAAGUGAUGAUAAAGUCGAAAGUAUAAUUAUAUACUUUGAAAGCUUCAAUCAAUUAGACAAAGGAGUUGAAAGCUAUUUAAAUGCCAUGUCCAAUUAUUUGUCAAGUACUGUAUCAAGAUUAAUUGUUGGUGUUCAAGGUUCAACCAAGAUUGAUGUGGUUAAUUAUUUAUCUAAUUUGGUCGUUGUCUAUAUAUCUAUUAUAAAGAGAGCCAUACUGGUUUAUAAUCGUAAGAUUAGUGUUAUCCUUAAGAAAAAUCAAAAUGGAAAUGUUGAUUCUAGUGGAUUGAUAAAUUGGUGUGUGGAAGAAAUUAAUAAUUUAAGUAUCCAAAUAAAGAAACAUCUUUAUGGUACAUUAUUGAUUUCAAUUGGGAUUAAUGAGAUUAAUAAAAAGAUUUAUAAAAUCAAGGAUUUAAAAUUAUUUAAGGAAUUCUUGGCUGUUUUAAUUCCACAAUUAGAUGAAUUAAAAGUUGUUGGGGUUAAUGUUGAUUUUAUUUUUGAAGAUAUUUUAUUCUUAUAAGUCAUAAGAAUUUCUAAAAAUAAAUAAAUAGUUUAAAUGAAAAAAUGCAAAUAAUAAA